GGCGGGGCCGGCGGCACCGGGGCGCGGAGCGGCCCUGCCCGAGGAGGCGGCGGUGAGUGGCGAGCCCGCUGUUCACGUCGCGUUCUGUCAGAUGUACUUUGGCACACAAUGAAACGUAGGCAACCUCAGCCUUUAACUUUGAGCUGGAGGAGGUCGAGCUGUUUAUCUUCGGUUAAAGAAAGCAAAACUGCAUGGGAACUUUGUGCUGUAGCAGCAGAGCGUUAGUGUCCAGGCCAGACAACAAAUUAAGAUUCAAGCACCCUUUAAGGACCAAUGAACCCAAUAGCUCAUGGAAGAAAAAAACCCGACCAGGACAUCCUUGGUUUCCAGGCUACCGAAAUAUGGAACGAAAACUUUAGGGAGCGUCUUGCAACCUGUGCCCAACGGGACGGCCGUCAACUUAGCAGGGAGUAAUGGGGGCAAAAAUUUCGGCAAGCACAAUGGCACUGUCCGCAUGUCUUCCUUCUCUUUCAACUGGAAAAAAUCUAACAGAUGUCAGCUUAACGAUCAAAACGGGAGAGAGGCCAACUCUAAACGCAACUGCAGCGAAAAAUUAAUCGAUUCUGAGAAGUAUCCUCAAUCUCAAGGAGCAUUGGGCAAUGAUGAGCUCAGGGUGGGUUUGAACAGUCCCGCUUCGGUUGCAUCAAAAGCAGCAAAGCCAACCAAUAUGUUUGUAUCUUCUACCGAGGAGUUAAACCCAAAGUCUUUACCCGGACUCUCUAGUUCAGCUAAAUUCACCAAAGGUACCCUGUCAGGAAGGACCUCAUAUUCUGGGCUCAAUGCUCCAAGAUCAAAUUUAAAUGGAUUUUAUGGAAAUAGGCCGGUGGUAGGUUUGCAGAGACCUAGAGCAAAUUCCAGUGCCACAAGGAUAAGUUCAGGAGAAAGCCUAGCGCAAUCUACAGACAAUAGCAAGGCUUUUUCCUGUGAAAAAAUGGUAAGAUCCCAAAGUUUCUCACAUUCCAUUCAGAAUUCUUUCCUUCCCACUGCAUCUCUAACCAGGUCACAUUCCUUUAAUAAAGCUGUGGAUCUUACAAGGCCUUAUCAUAGUCAAAAUGUGGCUGCCAGGACGUCUCAGAGGUCUACUUUGCUGUCAAGGAACGCGUGUCAGUUGGAUGUACCCAAUGGAAAUGAACCGAUGAAGUAUGGGUUUACCAGACCGUACUCCGGUGUGUCAGCUCCUUGUUCCAAGAAACCCCCACUGUCAAAUGGAUCUGGGUCAGCACCUUCCUUUGGAUACAGAUUAAGUCGUCCUUCUCUGCUCAAGCCUACCAGGCAGCGGUUUGCUGGGAAUACUGCUGUGGAUGGCAGCAAAAGUACCUCUCCUGACACACACACCGUGGAGAGCUCUGAAAUUUCAACAAAUAUUAACAGGGCAGUUGAGAAAAACAGUAUUAUAGAGUGCAGUGCUCAAAGAACAGGAUCUGAUGAGGGCCUGCAUGAAAGUCUGGGGAAACAUGGGUCCAAAGUCAUGUGUAUGAGCGACGACGGAGAUGAAAUAUCUAUAUCUUCUUUGUCGUCCUCUGAAAAGAAUGAUUUGAGUGAAGAUUUCAGUGAUGACUUCAUAGAUAUAGAAGAUGCAAACAGAACUAUACAAAUACAGCAGAAGGAGAGCUGCCUUCAGGAAUUAGAGCACGGGAGUAUCACGUCCAUUGAGCCGUUCACGUCUCUCAAGGAAAGUGGAGGAUCUCGCUGUAAUGCUGAUGACUGGCUUGAUAUAAAUGUGUCUGCAGUGGAUGACAACAGCGAAAGCACAAAACAUACUACCGAGAAUGUCAUUUCUUCAGAGAUGAACUAUAGAGCUGGGUCCUCUUUUGAGCUUUCUCCAUCUGACAGCUCUGAUGGCACGUACAUGUGGGAUGAAGAAGGGUUGGAACCUAUAGGAAGCGUCCAUCCAUGUGGAAGUUACGACUCUUCGGAAAUGAACAGCAUAGAUAUCUUGAAUAAUCUUGAUUCAUGCGAUCUUGAAGAUGAUGAUCUUAUGCUUGAUGUGGACCUGCCUGAGGACCCACCUCGUGACAAAGAGGAAUGUGAAAAUAUGAGCCGUUAUGAUAGGCAAGACAGAAAUGCUAGACAACAUCAGGAAGGAUUCUGGAAAAGAGCACCACAACAGCGAUGGAAUGCACAGGAUCACUAUCAUCUUGGCCAUACUGAUCAUUACAUCCAUGGUAAAAAUGAUUUGAACAGGGGAUCGAACUACCGGGAGUCUCCUGUUGGUCACUUGGAAAGCUACGGAGCACCCAACCUGUACCAGGCUCCUCGACAGCUGGUGGGUUUGCCGGAGAACACUGUGAUGCUGGAUGAAAUGACCCUGCGGCACAUGGUCCAGGACUGCACAGCUGUCAAAACUCAGCUGCUGAAGCUGAAGAGGUUACUGCACCAGAGUGAUGAAAAUGUGUCGCUCCAGGACAUCAACCUCUCAGUUCCAUCAAGUCCGGAACCACAGGAACCUGAGUCAACUUUUAAGAUGGAUGAUCUGCUGAAUGAGAUCAGGCAGCUCAAAGAUGAACUGAAGAAAAAGGAUGAAACAAUCAGCCAAUUAGAGCAUCAGCUUGCCGCUAGAUGUAACUGCCAGAAGGAGAGUCAAAAACCUGCAGGGGCAUCGCGCGCAUACGCUGAUAAAUUCACACAAACCUCGUGGAGGAGGAGUUCUCCUCAAGUACUACAGCCUUCCAGCAGCCUUCCCAGUUCCACAGACCUCGCCCAGGGAAAACUAGUAAAAAUGCCACAUAUCGAGGCCCACAGUGAAUAUCCUAAACAUGAUCUGCAUGAAAGUAGCAAUCAUCAGAAUCCAAAUGCUGCAAAUGUCUCUCUCCCAAAUAGCCUGAAUGAUGUAAACUCUUUAACAAGCCUACAGUUAAACGUGAAAGAAAAUGAAAACUAUGAAAAUGCAUCAUAUUUGGACAAUUUGAAAAAUAAAAACACUGAAAACCCUAGAGAGGUGGUGAGUAAUAAAGGUACAUUGCCAUCACGUCCCUGUUUUCAGGCCUCUACACGAGCUGAUGCCAGAGAGGUGCAGACUGAAUUACCUGUGAAAGGUCAGCCCUCGUUCACAAACCAGGCUUCUCGGCCAAAGACUUUAAGAAUCGCAAAGCCCCCAAAUGCUUUAGUGCCUCCUACAAUGGCCGUUCUCAUACGAUCUGCAAAUCAUUCCGCUGCUUCCAAGGAACGUGAGCUUCUACCACUAAGUAGUUCAACUCAGCUACAGCCAACAUCUGGUCAGGAUAACCUGAAGGGUAAACAGAGUCAGAAAGUGUCUAAACUUCGCCCGCCAACUAUGUCCUUUGUUAGAGCUAAGCAAGUGAGCAGUCAGAAAUCCACACCAGUGUCUCUAGAGCCUCAGAACACCUCUUUGAAGUCUAACAUCCCAAAGCCACUGGUACAGAGAAAGGAAAACGUGCAGACACACCCCACCAGUUUGCAUUCUGGGGACAGCGUGCCCUCCAGUCGGCAUUCCCGCCUCCCUAAACCAAAGACGCACUGAGGACGUACCUACAUCUCACCGAACGAUGCCAUACAGCCAACCACUCCCCGUGUCGUGACUGCCUUUGAGCCUGCUGGACCUGCAAAUCCAGAGUCCACGUUCAAAACAGCAUCUUCUUUUUCAGGGUUCGCACACUCCGCCCUGCUACGUUCUGCAGCUGAUGUUGUGAGCUGUGCAGUUGCUCUUGAGAGUGUUCUAUCUUCCCGUAGGUCUGUAAUAAAGAUUGUAUUGCGACCUUAGUAAUUAAGCAAAUUCUGAAGUCUGUGGUGACCACAAAUGCCAGAAUGCUGCACUAUCUAUUUCAGGAUGGCAGAAGUUAUUUCUUACCUCCAUUUCUUUGAGUUACUAGACAAUGAAAUUGCUGUUCUGUUUAACUUCUUGGUUCUGAGUAAUCGUUAGGUCAGAGUGGUGGAAAGUUAGACUUACUAGCAGAUGUUUUAUUGGCCAUAAUUCUGACUCUGUAUUCCAGAGGCCUAUGCAAAAAUCCUUGUAUUUAUCAUUAUCUCAAGACUGACAUAUUUAAUGUUAUUUAAUCUGAUGGGUUGGGUGGGUUGUGUUGUUUUCGUUUUGCUGUAAUCUGAAGUUGCUCUGUUCUUUAUUUAUCCCGUUUUCACUGUUCACUGACAUUAGGCAGAUUUCACAGGGUGAAACGAGUCUUCUCGCUUAAACAUCAUCAUUUGUUAAAGGAUUGUGGUAUGUUUUUAUUGUGUUGAAUAGACACAUUACCGGGUAGAUUCUUGGAACGCAGUGCAAAGGAUACUUGUGCAGAACCUUCCAGUGCAGGCUCUUACGAAUUGAUAAAUGGGGAGCCUCUGGGAAUAUGGGGUCCAUAACACCUAUGUUGAGGUUGCACAACUUGCAUUUUAAUUAAUAUUUUAAACUUUUAUUGUAUUACUUGUAUUUAUUGAGUUCUGUUUAAUGUCUAAAGGCUCUGAAGUACCUGACUUGAAAUUUUGCACAAACCUUGCCAUAUGUGUAAGAAUUUGAAACUAUUUUACAGAAUAAAACUUAUAUUCAAAAUGCAACUAUUUUUAAGAAAGGAAAAAAAAAUUAAUUAACCCUAAUUACUUGCUUUGAGCAAUCCUAUUAUGUCCUAAUCCAGAGCUGGUACUCUUAAGAGUUUUUCAGAGAUGUGUAUUUUGGUUUUGGGCUUUUGUAAUUUGUCUUUUUUUUUUUUUUUUUUUUUUUUUU